GGCCGCCGCCAGAGGCCUCUCCCGCGCCGCCCCCAGACACGCGCCGUGAGUGUUCGGAUCAGCCGUGUUUUUUUGCCUUUUAUUUUGUGCUGUGGCCUUCUGGCGGGAUAUUAGCCAGACAGAAACUUAACUUAAUCUUCUAGGAGUCGUUCUGAGACAAUGCCGAGUGUCAGUGUGAAAGAUGUCAACCAGCAGGGCUUUACAGAGGCUUUUGCCGAAUUCUUGAAGAAGUCUGGCAAGGUCAAGGUACCAGACUGGGCGGAUCUUGUCAAGACUGCCAAGUUCAAGGAGCUGGCUCCCUACGAUGAUGAUUGGUACUACACCCGUGUGGCUGCUGUUGCCAGACACAUCUACAUGCGCUCCCCCGUGGGUGUAGGCAGCGUUCAGAAGAUGUUUGGAGCCCGCCAGAGCCGAGGCACCGCCCCCUCGCACUUCUGCAGGAGCUCUGGAGCUGUUGCCCGUAAGGCCCUACAGACCCUGGAGAGCCUGAAGCUGGUGGAGAAGGCUCCCAAUGGCGGCCGCAGACUGACUUCCCAGGGCCACCGUGACCUUGAUCGUAUUGCCGCACAGAUGAAGGCUGCCAAGGCUAAAGUGACACCCACUGUACUGACCACCGCUCAGUAAAAAUAAAGACUGUUAUAAGGCA